AUGUUCGUCCUUGUUGUCUGCCUCUCCUACGCCCUUUACGUUCUCGUCACGCCGUACUACUACAGCAUCACCGGCGGCGUGCUGCUGUCCAUCGUCACGCACCCACAGGGUCGGUUGCGCUCCGUCUUGUACAUGGGCACGGCGGUAGACCGCAUGCGACACGUGCAGCAGCAGUGGGCCGUGCGAGGGCGUCUGGCCGGUGUCGUCGGGUCGUGGAUGUCGCUGCGCCACUUCGCUUCAUUUGUGGUAAUGCAGAUGACUUUCCUUCUGGGCCUCAACAAGAUUCGUGUGGCGACCAACUCGGUGUUGCUCGGCCACGGCAGCGGUGCAGCGUGCUUUUCGGAGUGCGGUCGCGCGCAGGAGAUGGCGUCGGCAACCGGGAGGGCCGCACGGAAAGCCCCAAAAGAGGCGGAAAGAGCCGGCGAGUCGAGAGCGAGUUCGCCGAAGCCCGGCGUCCUACAAGAUGCGGCGCACUGGAAGGAUGCCACGGCCACCCUUCAUGCAACAAACAACGGAACAACAGGACCGGUCUCCGCAUCACCCAACAAUGAGAGAGGUAGCAGCGGUGGCAGCACCUCCAGCAGCGCUGAAGGCUCCCCUGAAAGUCGCUCGCAGACGCUUCGCUUCCCCGCUAAGGCGCCACAGAUGCCGUCUCCUUCCGAUGAUUCGAUUCGGUUGUCCCCUGCGGCGGCAGCAGUGCCCGAUCACCGACGCCUUGUCGCCACCGCGCGCGGGCGACGCGUGCUACGGUAUCUGACCAUUGCCAUUCUCGUCAUCCUCGCCCACCUCCUUGUCGGGGUCUUUUACUUUGUUCUGCUGCAUCUCGUCUUGGGCGUCGUGUUUGCGCUCGCUGUCCCUCUCCUGUCGGCCAACUCGUUUGUGCGCUCGAUGGGGCGGCUCUGGCGCGUCGCCAUCGUGCUGUUCUUUAUCGUCGGGCUGACGCUGAACUUGACGGCGGACGUGCUGUCGAUCAGUCAUGCGGUGCGGCGGACAACGUCGGCUGUCGUGCGAAGCGGCGGCGGCGGUGGUGGUGGCGGCCUUGCAGGGAUGGAGUUGGAUGCCUUCACCGAUGUCAAAACACAAGACAUAGACUCCGUUCCAUCGAGUCACUAUCCAGACUCGACAGACGCAACUACCGCCACCACUACUAGUAUUUUUGGCAUAGUGAAGGAGGAGGAAGAAGCCAUGGAUGAGAACGAUGUGGACAUCUUUGCGCUGCUACGACAGCACCGCGGCAUGCUGGAGUCACUCGUGGUGAAGCAAGUCCAGACGUUAGUCGUGCAGGAGCUGGCCGACAUGUUCAGCAACGGCAACGUGUCGGAGAUGCUGGGCACGUUGAUGCGCGUGCUGCCGCCGCAGCUGCAGGCGGUGGUACAGCAAGACGCCGCCGAAAGCAGCAGCGGGGGUGGGUCUGCGCCGGCCCUGGUGAAGCCCGGUAGCACGAAGAGCUCCUUAGAUUCGUCGUCGUCAUCGACAAAGAGCCCACACUCACUGACCUUUUCAUGGGCCAAUCUACGAGCGUUGGGCUCCGUCGACUCUCUCAAGUCACUUCUUCACGCCUCAUUGUCGAACGCAUCCGCGGCGAACAACAGCCGUGGCACCAAUAGUAGCAGCCGCAAUAGAGGAACUACACGUGCCUCUUCGAACGGCUCCGCUGCUGGGGCGGGGGCAGCGGCGACGGGAGAGGAGACGGUGCAUAUUGACUGGAUUACGGUAUUCCGCCUCCUCGCCGCUGCCCUGCUCCCCUACGUCGAAUACGCCGUGCGUCUUGUUGCUCGACUUGCAUCGAACCUGCUGGAGCUGUUCGACAGCGUCUACGCGCUGAUGCUCUUCGUGUUCUUCUACCGCUACCUCACACAACUGGAGCACACGGUGUUGUACUACGGCAUCGCGAAGGUGCUCUGCGUAAUUCAACCGGACGUCGGCGACCUCCACGCGCGCAACAUCGAGCACGACAUCACCGUGUCCUUCAUCACGCUGCUGCAGUCCUUUUGGCAUCUCACGUGGUUCCACUUCUGCGUAACCUUCUGCGCCUUUAAGCUGUGGGGCUUCCCAACGCCUUUCCUGCUGGGGCUCGUGUCCGUCGUGCUGGCGCUCUUCCCGCUGGUGCCGAAGUGGUUGAGCCCGUGCUCGAUCGCCUUCGCGUACAUGGUGAUCCAACUCAUCUCCCUCACCACCGCCGAGGAGCGAGAAGGCAGUCCGCUGCUCGCCUUUCCCGGUGGACACGACUGGACAGCGGCGCUCCUGCUCGGUAAGCCGUACCUGCUCUUUUACGCACGCACGCUCAGCUUUGGGGUGGCCGUGCUGCUGGAGUGCGGAGACGAGUGGCUGCUGUGCGUCUCUCGCGGUCUUCGCGGCGGCUUCGUCACGGAUGCCGCUGGCAAAGGUCGCGAGCAGCUGCAGCCCUUCGUCGUCGGCACCUCCCUCGUCCUCGGCUUUGUGGCCUACGGGAUCCGUGGCAUCGUCUUCGGUCCGUUGACGGUGAUCGUGGCGCGUGUGCUGUACGAUAACUGGGAUAUUAUGUUGUUGGACCGCGAGAAUGGCGGUGCGCCAUCGUCGCCGCCGCCGAUGCCCUCGCUGCUCGUCGAGGAGGAAGACGAGGAGGAAGAGCAAUGA